AUGCAGAGCAACGAUAUUAAUACUAAUUCAACUAUUUUAAUUCGUACACUUCAUCCAACAGAAAAUGAAAUUGAACAGUGUCACAAUAUAACACGUAGUGUAUUUAAAGAGUAUGGGCAAUCUGAUGAAAUGAUCACUAAGUAUAUGAUCGAACAAGAUAUGAGUGAUAUUGAAGAAAAUUAUUUAAAAUUAUCACGAAGUCAUUGGUGGGUAGCAGUCAUUGGUGAAAAUAUUAUCGGUCAAGUUGGUCUUCAACCAAUGUCUGUAGGUGAUAGAGAAUACUACAAUAAACUAAUAAUGGAUGAAAGUUUACGAUUUUACAAGGAUAUUCAUCCGGACGACAUUUGUGAAUUAAGACGAAUGGCUGUACUAUCCGGAUAUCAAAAUCAACACAUUGGUCGAAAACUACUACAGACAUUUAUUGACUUUGUACGUAAACAAGACUAUAAAGCUACUCAUUUAACUACAGGUAUUGUUAUGAAAAAAGCCUGUAAUUUUUACGAACGAUGCGGUUUUAAACGUGGUCAAAUUUUUCGUUAUACUAUAGACUUCAACGAAUUAAUUAGUAAAGAUAAGAAGGAUAUUGCUGUUGACAGCAAGAAGACUGAUAAAAUAACAAAAUUCUUCGGUACACCAGUCGUAUUCAAGACUUUAAAUGAUUUAACUGAUGAUGAUUGGGAACAAAUUAAUCAACCGAAGAUGAUAAUGGAAAUGAAAUCAAAAUAUUUUUAUAUACAAAAUUUUUGGAUGAAAUUGUAA